GUUGGCAGCAGUGACCAGAAUAAAAACAGCAACACCAGACUCAGAGUGGGUGGGGGGGAAAGCAGAGUCGUCUCCCCUCUUGUAAUGACACAGCGUCUCCCCCGUAUCUUUUUACCUUUCUCGCUCUACUUGUCCGCUCUUUGAGACCUCGGGGAAGAGGUAAUUAGCUGGGAGAGAAUAAAACCAGCUGAUCGGGAGAGGGGUGGUGCAUUCUGGAGAGAGAUGGCUAACAGAAACGCUCUCUUGCUCGUCUGUGGAGUCGUCCUCCUAGCGUUGAUUCAGUCCUCUCUUCAAGGAGGUGUGUAUGUGCCACCUGGUACUGGAUAUAGACCAGGCGCUCCUUUGCCAGGGACUGGAUAUUUUCCAGGGUCAGCUGGAGGUGGUCCUGCAGGCUAUAAACCAGCAAAACCUGGAGCACUAGGAGGUUAUGGCGGUGGAGGCCGAGGUGCUGGGACCGGCGGUUUGGUACCAGGAGGAGUCGGAACGGGCGGCCUUAGCUACGGAGGCCUGCCAGCAGGGCAAGGAGGAAAGCCUCCAAAACCAGGUUAUGGAAAUCUAGGAACUGGGAUCGGUGGUUAUGGAGGAUACGGUGGCGGUACCGGAGGGUUUUACCCGUCACAGAAAGCUGCUGCCAAAGCAGGUGCUGGAGCAGGAGUGGGACCCGGAGGUGCUGGAACUGGACCCUCUGUGCCCGGUGGAGCACCUGUUAUUCCUCAGACGGGCCUUCCAGGAGGAGCCGGUGGUGCAGCAGGAAAGAAAGCUGCCAAAGUGCCAGGUGUGGGUGUCCCUGGACUUUACCAAGGAGGAAUUGUACCAGGAACUGGGUUUGGUGGCCGUGGAGUUCUGCCUGGGGUCGCUACUGGAACAAACCUAAAUCCCAAAUCAAUUGGAGGACAACAGGGAGGCCAAGUCCCAGGAACCAGAGGGUUUGGUGGGCCAAUGCAGCCCGGUGUAUUUCAUGGUUACCCCCUCAAAUCUCCCAAAGCACAAGGGGGCUAUGGUGCUAAGCCUGGAGGUGGCAAAGUUCCCUAUGGUUACGGGGGUUAUGGCGUUGGUGGAGCUGGACUUCCAGGAGGAAAAGCUGGUCCUGGAUCAAAACCUGGCUAUCCUGUCGGAACUGGAGUGGGGCCUGGAGGCAUCUUACCUUCUCAAUCUAAAGCUGCUAAAUAUGGUGCUGGCGUCGGAGGCGUCGGUGGUGUUAGAGGCGUCGGUGGCGUCGGAGGCGUUGGUGGACUAUAUCCAGGGCAGGUGCCAGGAGGAUAUGGACCUGGGUCCAAGGCUGCUAAAUAUGGAGUACCAGGAGGAGUACCAGGAGGAGUACCGGGAGGAGUACCGGGAGGAGUACCGGGAGGAGUACCGGGAGGAGUACCGGGAGGAGUACCGGGAGGUGCACCAAUUGGAGUACCAGGGGGAGGUGGAUACCUCCAACCAGGAAAAGCUGCCAAAUAUGGACUAGGCGGAGUCGGGGCAACGGGAGUGGGAGGAAUUGGAGGAGUGGGAGGAAUUGGAGGAGUGGGAGGAAUAGGAGGAGUUGGAGGUGGAGGAUACUCUCCUGCAUCCAAGGCUGCUAAGUACGGCGUUGUACCAAGAGUUGGUGGAGGAGUCGGUGGUGCAGGCGUUCCUGGAACACAGUUUAUACCUGGAUAUGGAUCUUUGACAGCUGGUGCCAAACCUCCAAAAUACGCUCUUCAAACAGGCCUUGGAGGAGUAGGAGUCCCUGGUGGAGCAGGACAGGUGCUACCUGGCGGUGGCUAUGGUGGUUAUGGAGGCGGUGCAGGGGUCAAACCUCCAAAGUAUGGAGUUCCAGGAGGACUUGGAACAGGAUUUGGAUAUGCAGGACUGGGAGGAGCAGGAGGAGCAGGAGGAGCAGGAGGAGGGCCUUUUGUCCCAGCAGGGGGACAAUACUCUGCAGCAGCAAAAGCUGCCAAAUAUGGAGUUGCAACAGGAGGUGCUGGAACAGGAGUGGGAGCAGGAGGAACAUUAGGAGCCCAGGGAGCCGGACAAUAUUCUGCAGCAGCCAAAGCAGCUAAAUACGGAGUCACAGGUGGUGCUGGGACAGGACUGGGAACAGGAGGACUGGGAACAGGAGGACUGGGAACAGGAGCACUGGGAACAGGAGGACUGGGAACAGGAGUACAAGGAGGUGGACAGUACUCUGCUGCUGCAAAAGCUGCUAAAUAUGGUGGAACAGGACUGGUACCAGGAGUAGGAGGAGGUGGACUGGUACCAGGAGUAGGAGGAGGUGGACUGGUACCAGGAGUAGGAGGAGUACCAGGAGGUGGACAAUACUCUGCUGCUGCAAAAGCUGCUAAAUAUGGUGGUGCUGGGACAGGACUGGUACCAGGAGGAGUAGGAGGAACAGGACUGGUACCGGGAGGAGUGGGAGGAACAGGACUGGUACCGGGAGGAGUGGGAGGCACACAAGGAGGUGUCGGACCUGGUGCGACUCCGGACACGUCCGUCGGCGGCACUGCAAAUGGCUCCGUACCGGCCGUGAAACCAGGGAAGGAAGUAGGUGUUGGCGGAACGCCUCAGCCAGGGCCCACUCCUAUUGCUGCACUUAAUAAGGCCCCAGAGGUCCCACAGCCCAGCGUCUCAGGUGGAAUCAUACAGCCUGGCGUUGGCACAACUGGUGGACAAGUUCAACCCGGUGCUGGAGUCAAACCACCAAAGCCAUAUGUACCAGUUCCAGGUGCAGGUGGAUACGGGUAUCCGUAUGGAGUUCCUUACGGUACCGGUAUCGGCACCGUGCCUGGGCAGGGAGCAGGAACAGGAGUGAAAUAUCCAGUUGCAGGAGGCAGAGUAGGAAUCCCUCUGGCUGCAGGAGGCUACCAAAGUGGACAGGCGGGAGCUGGUGGUGGAGUCAAACCACCCAAACCAGGUUAUGGUAACCUUGGAGGAGGAGGAGUAUAUCAGCCAGGUGGUGCAGGGACCGGACUGGGACCUGGAGGAGCAUCAGUCGCACCAGGAGGUGGACAGUACUCUGCUGCUGCAAAAGCUGCUAAAUAUGGUGUUCAGUCAGGAGUUGGACCAGGAGGAGUUCAAACAGGUGUGGUUCCUGGUUAUAGUGGAGGAUACCCUCAGCAGUACUACCCAGGUCAAUAUGCGCCAGCCCCACUGACCCCGCAACAAGCCAAGGCAGCAAAGUAUGGUGCGCUGCAGGGCUUCCUUGGCGGAGGAGGCGGCGGAGGAGGCGGAGGCUUCUACAGAGGUGGCGCUGCAGGAUGCCAGGGUAAAUACUGUGGGAGGAGGAAGUAGAGGGUCUCCAGAUCCAGUGACCUCAAGAAACCAUGGUGCUACUGCAUGAUCUAGAAUGUACAUUUUAUAUGCAAACAAAGCCCGAUUAGACAACCUGUAUAGAUGUUUGUUGUUGCUUACUUGACUUUAAUGUCUGUUUUUCUACAAACCCACCGACCCAGAAUUUUGUACACGUUCUGUUGUGAACAUACGUUAUAGAUAGUGCCUCUAAAUAAUCAUGUAUGUGUUCCAGUUAAUCAGCUUUAACUCUUUGCACUCCGUCACAGGAGUUAGAAAUGCUUCGUGUCUUCGGUGAGUGUGUGUGUGUGUGUGUGUGUGUUUUUAUUGUGAUGAUCAGGCUGACCUUUGUGUUUUAAUCCCUAAAACAAGUGGACGAGUCUCACCCGUCCGAGCAGAACCCGUCGCCUCUCGGGGAGGGUUGGUUUGGUCAAAGCUCGCCCAAACGCUGAUCAGAUCUGUCCAAUCUGCUCCCCGCUCUUCCUCCGCUGCUAUUUUUAGCCGUGCCGAGUGUAAAGCGGUGGGAGCUUGCUCGGGCCAACCCAUCUGCUCUCUGAGAUUUUGCUGAUUCUUGUCGCUGUGCAGUGAAGUCUCCUCAGCACUUCCUGAUCUUCGAAGAGCAGAAAGCUGAAGGCAAUCGAAACGUCUUUUGAUGCUUUACAGGGAGAGAAAAGCAGCUGGCUAGAAGUAGAUGUCAGGCUGACAUGGACUUUAUGUGUGGUUGAAUGUUGUGUGUUGUCUCAUUUAUGUUUUUUUUUGUUUUGUUUUGUUGUUUUGUUUUUUUUUUGCCUGUUUAAUUGUUUGGACUCAUAGCUUUAUCGUUAUCAGGAAAACAUAAAA